UGUGGGUCUGUUCAGCUGCAGAAUGAAGAGGAGCCAGGUGAGACUGCACCGGUGGUGAGCGAUGCCCCUCCACCCUACAGCAGCAUUUCUGCAGAGAACACAGCUUAUUUUGACUACAAGGAUGAGUCAGGAUUCCCGAAGCCGCCAUCGUACAACGUGGCCACCACACUGCCCACUUACGACGAGGCAGAGAGAACCAAGGCUGAGGCCACCAUUCCCUUGGUUCCUGGGAGGGAUGAUGACUUUGUGACACGGGAUGACUUUGAUGACACUGACCAGCUGAGGAUAGGAAAUGAUGGCAUUUUCAUGCUCACCUUCUUCAUGGCAUUCCUCUUCAACUGGAUUGGAUUUUUCUUGUCUUUCUGUCUGACUACUUCAGCUGCAGGACGAUAUGGGGCCAUUUCUGGGUUUGGUCUGUCUCUUAUUAAGUGGAUCCUUAUUGUCAGGUUCUCCACCUAUUUUCCUGGUUACUUUGAUGGUCAGUAUUGGCUUUGGUGGGUCUUCCUUGUACUAGGUUUUCUGCUGUUUCUCAGAGGAUUUAUUAAUUAUGCAAAGGUUAGGAAGAUGCCAGACACUUUUUCCACUCUCCCCAGAACCAGAGUUCUCUUUAUUUACUAAAGAUGUUUUCUGGCAAAUGUCUUCCUGCAUUAGUGAAUUCCCCCCCAAGAAGCAGCAGGACACCUGCAGGAAGUGAAUCAAGGCUCUGGAGCAGAAGAAAAAAUAAUCACCUGCUUUAAAAUAAAUAAAUAAAAGUACUGUUGGAAAAAGAAAAAAGGAGAAGCAUUUCUUUCUAUUUGUUUUUAGGUGUACAAUUUUAAUAAUUAAUGCAGAAUUCUGUAAUUGUUGAAUCAUUAGUGGCUAAUGUUUGAAACAGCUAUUGCAGUCGAGUCUGUGACGUGCUAAUAAAGCCUUACAGCGAUAGUUUGUUGUGAUUUGGUAGCAUGAGCUGUCCCUGGAGCCAGCAGGGGCCAGGCUUGCUUUAUUUCCUCCUCCAGCCUGGGAGCUGCUUGGGCUCUGUGUGUGCUGUACAGCCCGUGUGUGCCGUGUGCCACAUCCUGUACAGCCUGUGUAACACCAUGUCCUGUACAGCCUGUGUGCACUGCAUCCUGCACAGCCUGUGUAACAUCACGUCCUGUACAGCCCAUGUACACCGUGUCCUGUACAGGCUGUGUCACACCGUGUCCUUUACAGCCCAUGUACAGUGUCCUGUGUAACACCGUGUCCUGUACAAUCCAGUGGUGCCACAGCCUGUACAGCCCGUGUACACCAUGUCCUGUACAACCCAUGUGCUCUGUGCCCUGUACAGCCCACAUGUGCCAUGUGCUGUACAGCCUGUGUGCCCUGUAUCCUCUACAGCCCAUGUACACCAUGUCCUGUACAACCCCUGUGCUCUGUGUCCUGUACAGCCAGUGUAACACCAUGUCCUGUACAGGCCUGUACAGCCCAUGUGUGCCAUGUCCUGUACAACCCACGUAAGGCCAUGUCCUGUACAGCCCACCUACACUGUGUCCUGUACAUCCUCUUUACACAAUGUCCUGUACAGCCCACAUAACACCAUGUGCUGUACAGCCCGUGUAACACCACACCCUGUCCAGCCUGUGUGCGCAGUGUCCUGUCCUGUACAGUCCGUGUGCCCUGCAUACACCCUGUCCUGUCCAGGCCGUGUACACCAUGUCUGUACAGCCCCCACACACCAGGUCCUGUCCAGCCCACAUCCACCGUGUCCUGUCCUGUCCAGCCGCGCGUGCCGGCGGUGAAGGGAUGAUCUCAAAAGCUGAAGUGACAGCACCGGGGUGGCUGCACUCCUGCCAUCCAGCAGCACCUGUGCUGCCUGUGGAGGAAAAGGCGUCGCUGUGGUCCAGGUUCCAAGGUGUCAGAGGAGGGAGGAUUACUUAGAGGUGGCACAAGUAUUAAUUUUUAACAGUGUAUAUUCUCGGUGUUGUCCUAAACUUUCCUUUCGCACUACCUACUUUUUUGGGCUCUCUGGGGGUUUUCAUGGAACACUUCGGUAGUGUAAAACUGAAAGAUCACAUUGCAACUUUGUAUAAAAAAUUAUCUUGCAAAACAAAGGCCUUUUUUUUCCUUUGGCUUGGGACUUUUGAGACAAUUCCUAACAUACCUGUAAUUCCUGCUUUUAUAAUUUGUGUUAGCAGAGACUGAUGCGUCCGAAAUGUAGAUUUAAUGUGCACUCCUGUGCUUUCUGCCAAGUGGUAAUUCACUUUGGAAUUUUACUAUGUUCAACCUGUAAAUACAGCAGAACGUUAAUAAAUGUCACUUCUGUAGCAA